AUCGUCCCCUAACACCCCCCUCCUUUGGGAGAUGCUUAUUAAAUUCAAGCGCCGAGCUUCCUUCCUUUGGAAUCGCUCUCCCUCAGAAACAACACGCUUGCAACCCUUCCCCGGUCUUUUUCCAUUUGACAUCAUCUGUCUCAUCAUCAAGUUCUGUGAUCCUCGCGAGAGGAGAGCUUUGAGCCUCACAUGUCGCGCGUAUCAUGCGCAGGCGAGCAAGCUAGUUUGGCGCCGAAUAGCUAUCACGAAUACUCGGAAAGUGGACGCUAUCGGAGCCCUUCUUAGAGCCUCUUCUUUGAUACGACAGAAUCCUGCGUGCGCAAAGCAUGUGCAGCGCCUCGAUGUUGAGCUGCAGCGGACGAAGAAACCUCAUCUACGACUGCACUCCAAGGCAAAGGUACGACUUGCCCUAGACGAGCUAUGCCGCGCACUGGAAUCCCUUCCGUCAUUACGGACGCUGUAUAUUCGUAUGGAGAAAUGGCACGAUGAGCUAGCACAUCUCCUAUCCUCCAACGCGACUCGAUUCCCAUUCCACCUCACGUCAUUUGGAAGUUCGAUGUACAUCACUGAUGGACUAGGUGGCUUUUUAACAUCACAAACAACUAUCAAGACGUUUUUCCGCUUACCGAAGGCUUCGAGCGGUCGUUUCGGAGAUCACAUCCCUAGGGGUUCGAUGGAUAUCAAGCACGGCGCGUUACCAGCGUUACGCCAAAUAUGGACUCACCCUGAUGCUCUCAUUGAAUCUACGCGCGGUCGACCAUUACAUUGGAUUGGUUCUCCUAUCGCUUCGCCUCGGCACGUUGCAGCAUUGUUAGGUGCGAUACAAGUGUCCAGUGCGAAAGUCCGGCAUGUUUCCGUGUGUAUAUGUGCAACGCUGAGAGAUGUAUACGAGUCUCUCCUCACGUCUCUCGCGAACAUAGAUUCGCUUUCGACCAUCACGCUUUCACUAUGGGGUGUGGACUCGAAAGUGGAUGGCGUCCUUGUGUUCCAACGACAAGUCACUGCGGUUUUACGACAGAUAUCGAAUUUCCCGGCUUUACGUAAGAUGGAGGUUGGCGGAAGUGAUCCUGCUUUUCUUACAAUCAAUCCUACGGCGUUUUGUCCACGAACGAUGAAGGUGGUGGAGGUGUAUGAUUACUCAGGUGCCUCGGGGAAGCGGUUUAGAAGGAGGAAGGCAGGAG